AUGAGUAUGACUCUGGUCGACCGUCCUGCGGUAUUGUGGGCGGAGUGCAGUCUGCGCCGUGCAGGCUAUACUGGCCAACGUCACCAACGAGACAGUCCUGACUUUAGUGGGGCCGGCCAGUUGGACCUCGCUACGAACCUGGAGCUAGCUUCGCUGACCCCGGUCCAGAGUCCAAGCUCUUCUCCAGUGAAGGACACUCCCAUCGGGUUGACAGUCGCCAGUGGGCGCAAUACGUGCAGCUUGCAUCGAUCAUUCAGAGUCCAUACGAAGCGAAAGACCCGCAAGGAGCAGAUGAACGACCUGCGUGAAUUGGUCGCGAUGCUGACGCAGCAGAUUCAGGAGCUAAAAUCGUCCCCGUCUCCGGCCAGCUCGACGAUCACAUCUGUGAGCAGGCAGUCUCCAUGGCAAUGUGUCGCCUCCCGACAGAAAAUGCUACGCCUGAAAUCAGAGAACGACAACGCGGCCCUACUUCAAAUCAAGUCGCUUCAGCUGCGCGAGAUCAAGAAUUUCAAGCGCAUGUUCAGGCGGCGAAUUGACGAGGAGCGUACAGCAAACAGCAACUGGAGAUGCUUGGGACAUCGAAAAGUUCCUGAAGCUGACCACGUCUACGCGGAGGACUAUUACCAAAGCGAAGAUACAGCUACAAGUUAUAUCCACUUCGUAUGCAGCUUAGGAGGUACGGUGGCAUACAUCCACGAACACGGGGCGGCGCGAAAGUUCGUCGAAGAAAAUCGCACCGUGAUCGUCAGUCAAAUGACGUCGAGGCCGGCUGGGAAGAAGAUCGGCUUCUUCGGAGGUUUGAAGUACCGGGAGGAAAUGAGCGUCGUUGUCAGGAGUGGCGCGCGGUUGGCUUCGGGUCAGGAGACGGCCAUAAUCGAAACUUAUCUGGCUGUAUUCCAGUCUGACGAAGGGAGUGAAGCAGCCAAGGCAUUUCGAGCACCAGGAAUCAUGGAGCUGGCCAUCAAAGGAUGGGACUCCAAGGUGGCUCUGAGAAAGCAUGAAAUCGAGAAUCUGCUGUUCGAUGAUGCGUUGGCUCAUCAAGGAACAACGAUUGUCUCGAAGUAG